GGGCACUUGGCCACGCAACUUCACUGCUAGAGCUCCCACAUUUCAGAGGAUGGCAAGAUGAGGGUAUUCGUGCUCAUGUCUCAAGGUCAUUUAUACACCCCACCUCUGCAACGACGUAGUGUUUCUUCCGCCUCGCAAAAAUCGAGCUAAUGCAAUCACCUACCAUGAGAUCGUUCCAGAGGAUGAUACAGAGUAUACCUGCCUGAAAAACACACAAGGCUACUAAGAUUCAGCAACAGUUAAUUCAGGCGGCACAUGAACCAGCAGAGGAACAGGGUUCUAAGCCCAGGCCAAUUGUGGGUGGAAUCGAGGGUGGGGCUAAAAAGGACGUCGGUGGUGAUGGUCGGUACAUUGAAACGUCAUCUAAUGCUGCUGCUAAGGCACAGACAUCUGGAGAGAAAGACCAGAUUCUGGAAGUUGUCGCAAUGGGGCUUUCAAGGGCAGAAGGAAGGGGAGUCCAGUCAUUGAAUGAUGAAGAUCUAAGGAGGCUAGAUCUUGAUCCCAGAAAUAUCGAGUAUCUACGCAAGGAGCUUCAGGAACUUGCGGGCGAUAAGGCAUGGCGAUUGGAGGUGAUUGACCUGGCCGACGGCGUUCGUCGCAUUCGUGGCGUGCUCGAUGUAAAUGAAGCGGAUGAAGAAUAUGACGGAGAGUAUAAUAGCGAAGAAUACCCAGGGAGGAAUGGAGAUCAGGAACGCGAGGGGGCCGAAUGAUAAACGCGAUGAAGAUAACAAGGGGUGGACGUUCAAGGAAGAGUUAUGACGAUAGUUGACCCUUUGCUGUGAUGCUCGUGUCGAUUCUUUUUCAGAUGCUCUGGAUAUUUUCUAUCGAAAAAUCAAGACUUAGUAUACCACUCUUCAGCCUGUAUAACAGCUUGAACCCUAUGAGGCAUAGUAUCUUUGUUUAUAAGUGCUCCCAGUCUUUCUAGCCCCU